UUCCCAGUCCACUACCCCUAACCCAUUCCACGAAAAGCCCACUGCUUCCUCCAUCUACACUUUCCUCCGCACCCACCACUAAACUUUUAAUCUUGCAAAGGUGGGGUUUCUAGACACUGGUUAUUGGUGACUGCGCAGCAUGGACAUAUAACUAAGGAAGCCAAAAAGUCAGGAUUCCAGAGUAUUAAUGAGGAAAAAAGCAUUUUGGUAUUUGUAGUUUAUUCGGCACCACACUGCACCUUGGGACCUGAGUAAGAGUGGUUGGAACAGCAAACGCAGGUUUAACUUUAAGGUACGGACUUCUCAAGGUCUCCCGCACUAGUCCCUCAGAGCCAAAUUUGCGCAUGCGCAAAGCCACGCCGACACAACGCCCCAGUGUGUCGUUCCUUCCCACCCACCCCCUCACGGAGGGUUGGGCGGAGCUGCGCGUGGCUACCUUUUUGCGCCUGUGCCGCCGGACGCAUAAGUGGAGGCGGGUCUUUCUCCGCCUCUCCGUUGGCUGCGGCAGCUGUGCGGUUGCUGUGAUGGCGGCCCUCCUUGUAAACAAGGCCGUACCCGGCUUCGAGAACGGCAAGCUCGGCACCAGGGGCCCCGUCGCUGUUAAGGUUCUAGAAUGUGGAGUUUGCGAAGAUGUGUUUUCUUUGCAAGGAGACAAAGUUCCACGUCUACUUUUGUGUGGCCACACUGUUUGUCAUGACUGCCUUACACGCCUUCCCCUCCAUGGAAGAGCAAUUCGAUGCCCAUUUGAUCGUCAAGUAACUGAUCUAGGAGAUUCAGGUGUUUGGGGAUUAAAAAAGAAUUUUGCAUUGUUGGAGCUUUUGGAACGACUUCAGAAUGGCCCCUUCGGUCAAUAUGGAACAACAGAAGAAGCAGUUGGAUUAGCUGGAGAGAGCAUUGUACGCUGUGAUGAAGAUGAAACACAUGUUGCAUCAAUGUAUUGCACAGUUUGUGGUACUCACUUGUGUGCAGAGUGUUCCCAGCAUACCCAUUCUACUAAGACCCUUGCAAAGCACAGACGUGUACCUCUGGCGGAUAAGCCUCAUGAGAAGACCAUGUGCUCCCAGCACCAGGUGCAUGCCAUAGAGUUUGUUUGCUUAGAAGAAGCUUGUCAGUCUAGCCCUCUUAUGUGCUGUGUCUGCAAGGAAUAUGGAAAACACCAAGGUCACAAGCAUUCAGUGUUGGAGCCAGAAGCAGACCAAAUUCGGGCAUCGAUUUUAGACAUGGCUCACUGCAUUCGAACUUUUACUGAAGAAAUCUCAGAUUAUUCCAGAAAAUUGGUUGCAAUUGUUCAACACAUAGAAGGAGGAGAGCAAAUUGUGGAAGAUGGAAUUGGAAUGGCCCACACAGAACAUGUACCCGGUACUGCAGAGAGUGCACGAUCCUGUGUCCGAGCCUAUUUUUCUGAUUUACACGAAACUCUCUGUCGUCAGGAAGAAAUGGCACUGAGUGUUGUUGAUGCACAUGUUCGAGAGAAACUGAUUUGGCUGAGGCAGCAGCAAGAGGACAUGACCAUCUUGUUGUCACAAGUUUCAACAGCCUGUCUCCACUGUGAAAAGACUUUGCAACAGGAUGAUUGCAGAGUGGUCUUGGCAAAACAAGAAAUUACCAGAUUACUUGAAACUUUACAAAAACAGCAGCAACAGUUUUCUGAAGUUGCAGACCAUAUCCAGCUGGAUGCUAGUAUUCCUGUCACUUUUACUAAGGAUAACAGAGUUCACAUUGGGCCUAAAAUGGAAAUUCGAGUUGUAACUUUAGGAUUAGAUGGUGCUGGAAAAACUACCAUUUUAUUUAAGUUAAAACAAGAUGAAUUCAUGCAACCUAUUCCAACAAUUGGAUUUAAUGUGGAAACUGUAGAAUAUAAAAACCUAAAAUUUACUAUUUGGGAUGUAGGAGGUAAACACAAACUAAGGCCAUUAUGGAAACAUUAUUAUCUCAAUACCCAAGCUGUUGUAUUUGUUAUUGAUAGCAGUCACAGGGACAGAAUAAACGAAGCACACAGUGAACUUGCAAAGUUAUUGACUGAAAAAGAACUGAGGGAUGCUUUGCUGCUGAUAUUUGCAAAUAAACAGGAUGUUGCAGGAGCACUUUCGGUAGAAGAAAUAACAGAACUUCUUAGUCUCCAUAAACUCUGCUGUGGUCGUAGCUGGUAUAUUCAGGGCUGUGAUGCACGAAGCGGGAUGGGACUCUAUGAAGGACUGGACUGGCUUUCAAGGCAACUUGUGGCUGCAGGUGUACUGGAUGUAGCUUAAAUUCACAUCAGUUUAGUUUGUGAUUAACUGUUAUUUUGCACAUGUCAGAUUGUAAUAAAUUCUACAUCUUGAAGAUGGCAGUUAAUCUAGCAUUGUGUUUACAGAACAAAAUGUUUCUAUCUCCCAUUGGGAAUUCAGUUCUUUUUUAUAUUCUUGAGAGUUACCUAAAAUGUUUUCCUUAGUAGUUUAAGUUGGUUAUAAGGGUACCUUGAAUUCGCAUCUUUUUAAGUGAAUUUGGACAUUUGAGUUUUCAGUGUAUUUGCUACUAGUGUGUUGGAAAAAAAGGAAAGAAGGUUAAAUUACACAUUAUGUUGUCCAGGUCCUACAUUAAACCUUAGUGAUGCAAUUAGGAAAGUACAACUAUUCCUCUAAAAUUACUUUUUCAGUUAAUUAUCAUACCGUUUCCCUUUGGAAAAGAGUGACUUAAUGAGACCAAAAGCAAACUGCAUCUUUCACUGAUGUAAGACUCUUCAACCUAACUUUUUCAUGCUCGGUGAAGCAAAAACCUUUAACUUUUAAAACUAAACUCUAAAAUUAUAAAAAAGUAUUUUAUACUUAUUUCUUUGUUAAAAACCUAAACUAAAGUAUAAUACUUUAUAAUACAAUGAGACUUAAUAAAAUUUUAUCUGCAUAGUCUGUAUACCAGGACAAAUGAGCACUUAUUUGGGUUACAUUGUGUACAUAAGCUGUGAAGGUCAGAUGAUUUCUAGUUCAUCCAUGAUUAGGAAAGAUCCAUUGGCAGGCCUGAUCCUGUAAACAGUAAGCUGUUUGCUACUUCUAGGCCAGUGCCCCAUGUUGGUGGUCCUUUCUGUUUUCAGAAUCCCCUAAGCCAUUAGUGGUUUCUCAAAAUACUAACUUGCAUCUUUGAUGUACCACCUUUCUUUCAAUGUAGCUGCUGUCGCAUCUAUAUUGAAAAAUGUAGCAAACUUACUGAAACGUAGAGAUGAAACCAGAGUGUGGGCUUUGAUGAAAAGAUACUUAGAAAUUCAAAUAGGAAAAAGCCUUUUAUGGUAUAGGAAAAUGUUCAAAUUAUAAAAUGUCUUGUUUAAGCAAAUAUUUUCUCAGUAUAAGUACAUUUCUCAUAACAUUGUAUGAUAAGGUCCACUCUCUUGUUUUAACAAUAAAGGUCUUGAAAAUUUAAAUCGGGGAUGUUGCAUGUAGAAAGAGAAAAGAGAAGAAAAUUACAAAAUUAAAAUGUUUACAUCCAAUUUGAUCAUACAGUGUUUUGAGUAAAAGGUUAAACAUGUUAGUGGAUUUUUUUGGUUCCAGUUUUUCAUAUUUUAAAGUUAUUAUCUUAUUGUGUAAGCAUGAUUUAUUAUGUAAAAGAUAUAUAUGGAUUGAUAUGUCAUUGUGUCCGUUUUUUUAACAGAGCCCUACCUGGUUUCUUUAGGAUGAAGUUUAAUUUUUCAUUCUAUCCAAUAUGUUCAGUGCAAUUCUCAUGAAUAGGAAUUCCAAGUGAAUGACUUAAAGGAUAAAACUGUGACCUUUAAGUAGCAAUUUGUUUUUUUCCCUUUAUUGAUGUAAAAUGUAUUUUUAUUUGCUUAAAGACAAGAAAGUUUUUAAUUAUUUAAAGAAAUCAUUCAGAAGAAGCCUUUAAUGGCUUCUGGAAACAUGUAAAUAAUAUUUAAUCGUAUUUCAUCUUUUACUUUGUCAGCCUAAAGUAAAUGCUCUGCUAUAAUUGUAGUGUGCGUGUAUGUUUGCGUGUGUGUGCAUAAAGGUAUUAUUAUGAAAUGUAAAUUAUUUAAUAUUUGACUGAUUCCAGUAACUGUGAAAAUAAUGCAUUUGCCUGUGAGCUUUUGAACUGUUUUCGCUAUUAGAUACUCUUACUAGCUUUCUUUGUAUAAGUUAUUAUUCUCUAUGAACUGCUUUACUUGUAUAUUGUGUUUGACCAAUUUUAACUUAGUAAUUUAGAGUCUUAGCAUCUUACUGAAUUCAAUUUCUGGUUUGGAAUGUGCUUCUCCAAGCUUAAAACAUAUUCCAGUCUAUGUUUUUGGGUGUGUGGUUUUUUUUUUUUUAAUUUUAAAGAUAUAUUUUAAACUUCAUUUAUUAUAAUUACCACCUUUUGGCAAACAUAGUUUAGCUCUUUUUCACUGCCUAAGAAGAUUGUUUCUAAAUGUUGUGGUUUUUAAAAAUCACCCUUGUGUCGUCAGUUAUGAAGUAAAUAACUGAAGUAAAUUGUAGUUUGGGAAGUAAGUUAAGUGCAAUAUUUAAAUGUCAGAAAAGUUGAAAUUUUGUGUUUAGUAUUGGUUAGGGACUGAGACCAUAGAUCAGAAGUCUCCCAUGUCUAAAAAUUAUUUACUCCAAACCUCAUAUUUUACAGAUAAACUAGAACCCAGGGAAGUUACAUUAAUUGCUGAAGAUUAUGUUUGUAGAGCUGUGAGUAAAACUCAGGGUCUCCUCACUUGUAGUCUCUCUCUCUCUCUGCCUCUCCCUCUCUCUCACUCACACACACACAGAUUCUCUCUCCUCCCUUUCUCCCCUCUUUUUUCAUAAUAUCAUUAGAUUGACAGCUGGAAAGAACCACAGAGAAUGUCUAGUCUGAUUCCUUUUUUUUCCAGAUGAGGAAACUGGGUACAGUCACUUACCUUAGCUUAGUUAUAAAAGUCCUCUGAACAGAAAUACAGUACUCUUUACAGGAUACACAGCUUCUCAUCAAUACUUAAACUUUUUAAUGUCUAUUCAGUUUAAAAGCAACUAAUUCCCAUUUAUUUCCUGAAACAGCAUCAAUGAGUAAUUGUGUGAAAUAUUUUUAAAAGUCAGCAAUUAUUAACAUAUUCUAUAUUGUGGAGUGGUACAAACUGAAAUUUCACAGAGGUCCCUAUAACUAGACUCAAAAUUCAUAAAAAUGACAGUUCACCAAGAACAAGAAGAGAAAAGCUUAAAUAUCAUUUUUUUUCUCCUGUGGAUAUUAUUUUACAUAUUUCCCACUGAGUUUCCUAAAAAAAUAAAACAUUUUAGAACAAGCAUGUAAAUUACUUGGCAGUUUACAAGUCAUUUAAUGUAAUUGUUUAUUGAAAAAAAAUGUUGGGAAAAAUAAUAGGCUUUGGGUAGAUUGCAGAUCUACAUAUGCAAACCUAGAACUUGGAGGCUUGAGUUUUAAUCCUCAGCUUCCCAAUAAUUUGCUGUUUAAGCAAAUGAUGUGUCCUCUCUGGUGUGUCCCCUCAUAUAUAAAAUAUGAGUUCUCACUAGAGGAUGUCUGUGUUGCCUUACAGCUCUCACAAUCUAUGAUUCUAAGUAAUCUUAUGUUCCUAUAUAUGAUCACUAUAUAAUUUUUCAUCUUAUGAUAUGAUCCUUCAGAUAUGUGAAACGUCACUGUCAAGUAGAGUAGGAGUUAGGAGACCUUUUCUUUCCAGUUCUUUAUUGUGAAAAGCAUAAUAGAUAUAGGGCUAGUCUGAGAGACCAGAAGAUCUUGAGUUCAGGGCUGGCCUGUGAAACAUCAUGAAUUGUGUUAUAUGCACCGGCCAUUUUAUGACUUGUGACUUGGAACACUAAGAGGUUAACACAAAUUUAAAUAAAAAUUGAUCUUCAUAUGUUCCCUCCAUAUAGACGAAGUCAUAAGUCUAACCUUGCUUUGCGUCCCUCAAAACAUCAUGUGUUGUAUAUAUUAAAUAAUUACAGUUAUUAUAAGUGUAAGGAUUUUUAUUCUUCUAGAACAGUGGUGUCAAACUGCUGGCCACAUAUUCACUUAGAAAACCAUAAAUUAACGUUAUCUGUGUUAUAUUGUAUUUUUAUAUGUCUUAUUAAAUAUUUCCCAUUUACAUUUUAAUCUGUUUCAGGCAGCACUUGAGAGAGUUUUGCAGGUCGUUUGACACCUCUGCUCUAGAAGACCAGUUUGAAUACAGGGUAGUUGUAUGUACUUUUGAUACCCUCGAUCUAACUUAUGAAUGUGUACAUACAUAUAUACAUCUGCAAUAGAUUUUACUGUAUUUAUAUGAAGCAUUAUAAGAUACUAAAAAUGAGUUUGUUUUUAAUGCUGUUAGUAAAAACAAUUAUUACACAUUAGCUGUUUAAUAUAUAUGGUUAUAAGCUUAUUUUAAGUCAUUCUUACUGAGUAAUAUUCAUCCUUGUGUGCAUUUUACUGUAUUAGUGACUAGUACUCCUUAUGGUCCAAAGAAAAGAGACCUAGAGUCAAAGUCAGAGGAUCUUUGUUCAGAUUCCAGCUCCAGCAAUUUAUACCUAUGACCAAGUCAUUAAACCUCUUGGGGCCUGUUUUUUAAUUUCCAACAUGAAGGGGCUGGACUAGACAGCUUCCAAAACCCCUGCUAAAUUCUUGAUAAGUCUCUAAUCCUGACUUAAAUAGUUGAUGUUUUCUUUUUUUAUUGGAAUUUGUUAUAAAACUAAUAAAUGGACAUGUGACAGAUAACAGCAUUAUCAUAAUAUAGUUACUGAAAUUUGGCUGUAACGUGUACAAAUAAGAACUUCCCAAACACUCAGCAUCAGGAUUUACAUUCCAUACAGUAUGUUUGAUACUACAGUAGAGUGUUUCUUCUCAGUCAUCAGGUGGAAGCCAUUACUACCCUUUUUGAUGUGUGGUUUUUAACUCAAUAGCUGUGUUUAGGAAAUGGGAAUGUGAUACCAUCCUGGCGAAAAUACUCAGUUGGUCUCAAUAUAAGUAUAGGUUGGCUAGGAUAUAUUUAAGAUCAUUGUCAUGGAAAAUUUAAAGUUUAUUAUGUAAACUUUGUGGUUUAGCCUAUUGAAUACUAUAGCUAACAACUGUGUAGAAAUGUAGUUGUUUGUGUUGUCACUUAUUUAACUUAAUAGUAUUAAAGGAGGAUAUUGAUAUAAGUGCUUUAUGAUGUGACAAAAAAUUAAAAUGAAUGAAUCUAGUAAGUGUACACUUGGGAGCUUUGCAAUAAGAAAACAAAAUUCUGUGUGGAACAAAUAUAAAACAAACUUAAGGAAAAGUAUAAAAGACUGUCAACCAGGCUUUAAAAUCCAUUCAAAAUUCUUGUUUAAAACAUUCUUGCUCUAUUAAGGGUCCAAAUGCUUUCAGAAAACAAUUCCCGACUGACAAGUAAUUAUGAGCUAGUUAUAUGGGCUUUGCUAAGAAAAAUACUCAUCUGUGUAAAAUUAAGAAUGAGUUGGAUGUGCUAAUAACAGUAGGAGAAGGUGGCCUAUGCAUACUUGCUUUUCUCUUUUGUAACUGUUCUAUGGAAGGGCAGAAGAGAGAAAUACAAAAGGAGACCAAGGGCGUUGUUACUCUUCACACUUUUAAAAGCAAGGUGAAAAGAAUAAAAGUUUUUCUUUUAAGAUAUAAGGAAAGACUCUGGGAAGUCUUAAGUGAGAAUGAUCCCAAAUUGGAUUAUUUAGCUAAUUAAUAAUAUGCUAUUUAUGCUCAUUUGUGUUUGAAUAGUUAUAUUUUUAUGAAAUGAAAAAUUCAGAUAAUACAUAGAAAGGCUUGUUUUGCAUGAGGGCACUCAUGCAAUAGCACUAUUUCAAAAUUCCAACUCACUUUAGUCAUAAAGAUAAAGAUAUGGGAGGUUUCAGUGGGUCACAGAACAUAACCACAUCAUUUUACCUAUAAGGAAGUUGAAGCCUAAUGACUCCCAAGGUCACUGAAAUAAUAGAGAUGGGCAAGAUUCGGACUCAGAUUUUAUACCUUUAUAGGUGGUGUGUUUUCUACUGUAUCACAGUAGUCUUAAGGAUGAAUAAAAUCAUAGAUCUGGAAACAAA